AUGACGCGCAUUCAACCACACGAAUACUGCCAUCCUUCGUAUCAUUAUCCCUCACAAAAUUACUUCGGGACAGUACCAUCAGACCUGCGCUCAGGGUUCAGCCUAGCUUCCCAGUCCGUGGUAGUGAGGCAUCCACAUACGACCGAUAACGCAUCACAGAGCAGCCAAGGGACACAUCGAGGGGCAAACCUAAUCAAAAGUGACUCACGUGAAGGAGGCAUCGUCGAAAGCGAUCUAUACUAUGCGCCGAUGCCGGUGGGCGUAGCUCAAACCAGCGAAGGAGUUGGGUCAAGGCUGAUGUCAGGAUCAACCACCAACAGAGGCACGAAGCGCAAUCACAACGGCGACGAUGAGUUCGAUGGUGACACUUCACGGCAGCAUAGACGUCUCACAACCAAAGAAGAAAUAGUGCUGUUUGAGAUCUGCAACCAAAAUGCAGGGACCUUCGGCAGCCGCAGUAAUCUGUGCAAGUGGUGGAUAUCCAUCGCCGCCGAGUUCAAGCGUGUCCAUGAGGGGCGCUCAUACUCGUGGCACUCAGUGCGGCGCAAAGUCGAAAUGGUCACAAGGCAGCGCAUCAAGUUCCUCGAGGACCAGCGACAGCGGGUCUCAAACGCAGCCGGCUCAACGGCCGAGGAAUUGAUGAACCCGCAAUGGCUCGCUGCUGUCGAUGCUUGGCUUCCGACCUGGCAGCGGUGGGAAGAAGCCGAGAAUCGACGCAUUGCAAAGCGCGACGAGCUCAAGAAACGUAGACAGCCGCAGCCCUGGCGGCAGAAUUCUCAAAAUGGAGACCAGGACCCAUGGCGGAACAUGUCUGGGUCAUCUGUUACUAGCCCGACUGAUGUCAAUACCUCAAUUAUGGAUAUGAUGCAUCAGCCUGUCGCGGAUACCGUCGGUGAUACUGCCCUCCCGGCUACCAGCCCUACACCCUCGCCCUCGAUUACUGGUCCUACGCCCCCCGCGCAUUUCCUCGAAUCGCCCUCUACACCUGUCUCCGCGAUCAGCUCACUGAAACUACCACCGGGGUUUGAGAAUAUGUUCUCAACCCCACAAGUCACUGCACCUCUUCCCUCCACACCCCCAAUUCCACAAUCCGACGGCCGUAUAGUCUCAGCCGUCAUCGAAACACUUGGAAAACUCAACAAACACCUAGAGGCCGCAUCCGGGGGCGAUAUAGACGCCAGUGCCGCCUCACCCAUGAUCUCGGCUUUAGUACAAGCUGCCCCAGAACCCCCGGUUCUGGCUUUCCCCCGGCAACCACAGCACUCGCAGGUACAGCCUGCAUUCCACCAACACCAGCACCAACAGUCACGGCCGCAGGAACAAGGUCUCAGUCACAUCCAGAUUGAGCAAAUGAAGCAAGAGCUACGCCAGGAGAUGCAGGCUCAGUUUCGAGGUGAGUUGGAGCGCGAACGUGUUGUGAUGGAAGAAAAAUUGGAUUCUGUGCAGCGGACUCAGGACCUGAUUCUUGAAAUGUUGAGACAAGAGCCUGCUUGA